AUGCAGAUCUAUAACCUCCUCACCCUUGGCUUCGCCAUCGUUGCCAGCGUUUCCGCCAUGCCCACCGAAUCCGACCCAAAGACCCCAGCCUGCAAACUCAGCGGCGAGGUGUACAACGGUGCUGGAAAAGAAUGCCAGUGCCCACCAGGCCAAUUGAAGAAGCCCAACAAGGGGAAAUGCGGAUACCCUCCCUUCCAAUACAAGAAGUGCCCCAAAGACGAUGAGAAGCCAUACUGCGCCAAGAGCAAGUAUGAGUACUGCGGAUAUGACCAGGAGCAUGAUUACUGCGAGGAUGAUGGCAAGAACUCUUACUUCUGCUGCAAGGAGUCAGACUACAAGAGCUGCAUCGAAUCUCACUACUAA